AUGAAGAGUAUACUAAAACUGACUCUUGUUAUGUCAGCAUAUAAUAAGACUGAUGUCCAUCCGUCAACCUUCAUUCUCGUUGGCAUUCCUGGAUUGGAGGCUGCCCACCUCUGGAUCUCCAUCCCGUUCUGUGUGGUAUACCUUUUGGCCUUGCUAGCAAACUUCUCCCUUUUGUUUAUCAUCAAGACAGACCCUAGCCUUCAUGAGCCAAUGUAUCUCUUUCUCUGCAUGCUGGCUGUGGCUGACCUUAUUGUGUGCACUACAGCAGUGCCAAAGCUUCUCAGCCUCUUUUGGUUUAAUGAUGGAGAAAUUCGUCUUGAAGCCUUUCUCACUCAAGUGUUUCUGAUUCAUUCUUGCUCUACCAUGGAGUCUGGGUUUUUCUUGGCCAUGGCUUUUGAUCGCUAUGUAGCUAUUUGUAAUCCAUUAAGGCAUUCAAUGAUUCUGACAAACACCGUGAUAAGGGAGAUGGGUCUCGCCAUUGUACUUCGGGGCACUGUUCUUCUCAGUCCUCAUCCUUUCCUGUUGCGUUGGCUUCCCUAUUGCAAAACCAGUGUAAUUUCUCACACUUACUGUGAGUUCAUGGCCCUCAUCAAAAUUGCCUGUGCUGAGACAAGAAUCCGAAGAGCCUACAGCCUAAUUGUGGCUUUCCUUACUGGGGGUGUAGAUUUCAUAUUGAUUAUUUGUUCUUACGUACUCAUACUCAACACUGUCUUCCACCUCCCAUCCAAGGAUGCUAGACUUAAGACUUUGGGCACUUGUGGUUCUCAUGUCCUUGUCAUCUUGGUCUCCUAUACACCAGCCUUCUUCUCUUUCCUCACUCACAGGUUUGGGCACCACGUGGCUCCCCAUGUCCACAUAUUUGUGGCCAACAUUUAUCUUCUGGUCCCACCUAUGGUAAACCCCAUUAUUUAUGGAGUGAGGACCAAAAGGAUAAGAGACAGAUUUCAUAACAAGUUUAAUAUAUGGGAUGGGCCACUCACUCUACCGGAAGUCUUUUCUAGGUAA